AUGACAUAUGGGUCAUUGGUCAACAUGGUAGUUGCUUAUGGUAUCAUGGUAUCACCUAUAGGUGACAUAUGGGUCAUUGUCAACAUGGUAGUUGCUUAUGGUGUCAUGGUAUCACCCAUAGAUGACAUAUGGGUCACUGGUCAACAUGGUAGUUGCUUAUGGUAUCCAUGGAUGACAUAUGGGUCAUUGGUCAACAUGAUACUUGCUUAUGGUGUCAUGGAUGACAUAUGGAUCAUUGGUCAACAUGUCAUUGGUCAACGUGGUAGUUGCUUAUGGUGUCAUGGAGGACAUAUGGGUCAUUGGUUAACAUGUUGCAAACUCUUUAGGGAUUCUGUAACAUCAGACGCAAUAUAUAAAACCAUAGACACAAAUCGAUUAAGGUUUCAUCCAUUAAGUGUUCAUAUGUAUGAAGUCAUAAGAAAAUGUAGAAAGUUGAACAACCCACACGUACUCUUCAACGAUGGAAUGGCGAAGUAUUUUACAAUAGGGAAAGAAAUAUCAGGGAAACAGUUGCUUCAAGAUGCAGCCGUUCAGGGGAAGUUGGAUGCGAUCUUCGUUCUGGGAAUGAUGUUGAUGGCCGAAGGCAUUGAAAGGAAGCAAGAAGAUUUGAUCAUGUUAAAUAAUGCAUACUUUAAUACUAGAAGAAGUUGGAAUAUAAGACAUACCUGUAACAAGGUUAAAAAUCACUUAGUAAGGAGAAAAAAGCAGAUAAAAUUUCAUGGCUUACGUAGAAGUUGUGCAAAGCAUCCUUCUAUGAGCAGUUAUGGAACAACUUUUAUGUAUCAACACAGUUGGUUGUUGAAUUGUGAUAUUUUUUUGUGGGAUGCAUGUUUGGUUAAGUUUGCUAGGAUGUUUGAUGUUAGUCUCGAGUAG